AACCUGUUGCUAUGGCCACGGAGCAGGGGCUGGGCUGCUUGUGCGGCUGGAAUCCUCUGCAUCAGCUGCUGCUCGACUUGUAGAAUUUAACUGAACUUUGAGAAUGAAGUCCAGCCUAAUGCAUUUGGUUCCCCCAGUGAGCAGAGAAAGAAUAAUCUCCCAGUUUCCCAAGUGGUACACACCUGAAGCCUGUCUGCAGUUUAAAGAGCACUUCCACGCACAGGUCAGGACUGCUUGUCAGCGGAGCACUGGAACAGCUGGGCUGAAAAUAUCCAAAGUGGUUGUGGUAGGAGACCUGCAUGUUGGGAAAACCAGUCUUAUCAACAGAUUUUGUAAAGAUAAUUUUGACCGAGACUACAAGGCAACCAUUGGAGUAGAUUUUGAGAUUGAACGUUUUGAGAUAAUUGGAAUGCCAUAUAACCUCCAGAUAUGGGACACAGCAGGUCAGGAGAAGUUCAAGUGCAUUGCAUCUGCUUACUACCGAGGAGCAGAGGUUAUAAAAACAGUGUUUGAUCUGGCUGAUAUCCAAACUUUGGAUCACACCAAACAGUGGUUAGAAGAUGCAUUGAGGGAGAAUGAGCCAGAUUCCAGCUUCAUCUUUCUGGUUGGAACAAAAAAAGAUUUGGUGUCAGAUGCUGUGUGUGAAAGGACAGAGCUGGAUGCCAUCCGUUUUGCCAAGGAGAUGCAGGCGGAGUACUGGUCGGUUUCAGCCAAAACAGGAGAAAAUGUCAAAGAAUUCUUUUCCCGAGUUGCUGCCUUGGCCUUUGAACAGUUCAUGAUAAAGGAGCUGGAGAGCACUCCUGGGCACAGGGCCCAAAUUGGGGCAGGAAAUCUCAUCAAGCUGGAGAAGAACAUUGUGGAAGUUCCAGAAGACAAUGCUCAAGUCAGCCUGAGCUGCUGCUGACUGUCAACUGUUUCUGCAAGUGCCACGCUUCUCUGCAGCAAUGCUCUCAAACCAGAAAUAGUGAGCUUUAUUUUUAGAAAUGAGGGAGGAAAAACUUACCCAAACUUUCUUGCUGAGAGUUCCCUCGCUGCUGCAGGCUCCCUGUGCAGGGUGGUACAAUUGUUAUGUAAACCUCCUCUGUGUAGCUGAAACAUAGCAUCCUUGUCUUAAUGCAAGAAGACAUUGCCAGUGCCGUGGGCUCACCUGUCUGCCAAAAAGGCUUGUAGUCAAAAAUGAUGUCAUUUUAGUGUGGUGUUUUUUGAUAAUUCUCUAGAAAUCUUAGCUAGUGAAGUGGCAUUCUCUCGUGGGAGCAGGAAACAAGUGGCAGUUCAGAAUGAAGGGUGGUAUAAAUAUGGUUUUGCCUUUUAAAACAAUAAUGUAAAAUAGCUCAGAUUGCUUUUAUGUAUUCCAAGUAUUUGAAAACUAUUUGAAAAUAAAUAUUUUAAAGUAUCAGGCUUGGAAGUACACAAAUGCAGACUGCAUAGUUUCCACUCUGGUUUCUCCAUCCAGCAAAAAUGUUUAUUACUUUUCAUUUUCCACUUGAGAAUCAGAGCCCAGUAUUAAAUAUUUCCAAGCCUGAAAGAAGUCCAGGUAGGAACUUAGUUGUUUUAACACAGCUGUCUAAUAUUUUGAAAAAUGUUGCCAGAUAAGAAUGCUAUUCUUUUCCAUUCUCUUGACUAAGAAAGAAUGGUCACACAGGUGCAUAAAAUGGAAAACCUAUAAUUUCCCUCUAAUUUUUCCAAUAGCUCUCUGGACUAUACUCUGCUGUAUCUAGCUUAGAAUUCCAUGUUUCUAGUAUCAAUAUCCAGCACGUCAGGCUUGCUGGCAUUAAAAUUAUAUAAUGCUCUAAAUUUCAUAUUGCAAUUAUUUUAAAUGAAGAGAAGAAAAACCUAUUAAUAGUUACAAGGUACUGUUUCUUGAGUUAUUUAUUCAAUCAUUGCAGAAACAACAGUAUCUUUAAAAAUAAUUAUAACAGGACUCAGAUUUGAGCUGUUGAGAAAUAAAGACAUUCGUAAUAAAUAAAUGCAUCAAUCUGAAAAUAUUCUGGAUUCUCUGCCAUUUUCCCCACUUUGAUAAGAAAUUGGAAAAAGUGGAGAAAAGAUAGCUUGAGCAUGCUUUUUAUUACUUUUUCCUUUUGACGUAAGUUAGAGCAGCUUCCUAGAAUAUGAUGAAUAGAGAUCUAGGAACUCUGUGUCUUUUUUUAUCAGACAAUCUUCACUUUGGCAAUUGUGCUGCCUGUUGGCAAGGACACAAAUGUAGCAUUUGGUGGAAAAAAUGAAUCUGUGAGGGUACAAAAGGAGCUCUUUAUCCAAAUGUGUAAUAUUUCGACCUUAUGAUGUUCUGUGCAGUUGUUCAGUUCCAAAGUCUGUUUCACAAGGGAGGUGAAUUUACACUGUGCUCGUAACACAGGCUUUGGCUGGGUAGCCAUGGCCUUUGUGUUUCCUGAGCCUGAGUGAGAGUGGAGAUGGUUCACUCUGCUGCAGCAGAUCAGGUUAGCUGGGCUUCAGUGCUGGCAUGAGAGACAGUGUUUACACUGCAAAAUGACUCAGGAACAAAUCUAAGAAAAGAUCCAUUUGGGGUUUGUUUGGUUGGUUUUUUUUCUCACCAAGAAAUACAUCUCCUAAGGGUUUUUCUGUUGCUGAGCUCAAUUAUUGUACAAAGUCACAGAGAUGCAAUCUCUUCAACAACACGAUCAUGUUGCCUGGGAAAUCAACUGGGACAGUUUUUUCUUAGGGAUUCAGCACAUUGCAUGAUGUCAUUACUGUUUUGUAUCAUCUGGAGCUCCAAAAGCUUCACGUACAAAUGUAAUACUCUAUCAGUCAUCAGCUAUCAUGGGACAAUAGCCUGAGUCUGUUUAUUAAAUGGUGGAUGCUUUGAGACUGGGUGGUUUUUGUUUGGUGAUUUGUUGGGGUUUUUGUUGUAGUUUUUUGUUUGUGUGUUUGUAUUUGGGGGUUUUUUUGCUUGCUUGCUUGGUUUUAAGGGUAUUAAUAUUUUUAGUGUGGUAUUAUAUUAAUAAUUUAUCAUCUAAAACGAAUCUUGGAUCAUGUUGCAAAUGAUGAGUUGCUUAGGAAAGCACAAAGGAAACUAACCAUAGAAAAUAAAUAUAAAUUUGUAAGUUC